CCAUAGCGCACCCUCAAAUAUUAGCUCCUUCCCUUCUGAAAAUCACCAGCUGGGUAAUGAAAAAGUUACGAAAUACGCGCGUUUCUCGCAAAACAUUUUAAGUAUUUAAAUCUGAAAAUUCUGCUGCAUAUUUCGUGGUUUUUCAGGUAAUUUGUUGAAGAUGAACCUGAAAGAGGACUCUGCUUGUCCUCAAUUGAUAUCUUCCAUCUACAAACGCAGCUGUUUAUACUUGGUUCUUACGAUUAUGAUACUGAACUUCAAAGGGAGCCACAGUUUAGACUGUUUCAAGUGCGUGUCAGUCGGUGGCGAUAACCAACCGUGUGAGGAUCCUUUCCACAACAACUAUACGAAAGAUAUCCUAGAGGCACCCUGCUGGGCCGGGAGGAAACAAAGAGAUGGAGUUUUUCCGGCAACGGCUUGCAUCAAGCUUUCCGGAAUUUAUGAGGAUUCUGGUGAGACAAUGAUUGUUCGCGGCUGUGCUUUAGAUAGUGGAACCCUUACCAUUGACACCGAAAUUGUUCGAAUGAGUCAUUGCGGAGGAUUCUAUUUCGACAACCGUUACGUUAGCGGCUGUCUUCAAAGUUGCUCUGAAGACGCAUGCAAUGGAACCUCUUCAAAGUAUUCCUGGAGCUGGAUAUAUAUUUUGAUAUUCCUUAUACUCAUGAUACAAGCUCAGUGAUUCAAAUGAAUAUAAGAUUCUUAAUGAUCUUCCUGAAGAAUUAGUAUUGCCAGUGUCGAUAUAUCGUCUUUUUGAAUGAUUAUGAUUAGACGAUGAAAAAUCAUCUGCAUGAAAGGAUAUUUCAUUCUAGGCGAAAUUAUAUAUAAUCUGAGUAAGGGAAUUUAGAACAGAACUGAAUUCUGAACCAUUUAGGUUCAUGUGAAAUUAAUGAGAGGAUCAAGUUGAUAUGGAUUUUCAAAUAAGAAGAAAAUUAUUUUCAAUCUGCAAAAGAAAUGCAGAGAAAUUGAUUUAAAUGCAUUAUAUUUAUGACAUUAUAUUUUAAUGUAUAUUAUCCAUACAAAAAUAUAUUUGCAUAAAUGGAAAAUUAUAAAUUAUAGUCCAACAAUAGCUGAAUAACAAUAACAGUGAGCAUGAAAUCUAAAUUUCUAAUAUAUUUCUGUAUUUGUUCCAUGUGAUCAAAGCUGAGCUUUUUUUUAUAUUUAAAAAAAGACAUUGUGCAUUUUUCUUGAUAAAUUAGGAUAUAUAUUAAAAUCGCAUAGUUUUGAGCAAUUUCUAUGAUGCCUGUAAAAUAAAAGUUGGUCAUCACCUGAGAAGAAAAUUAAAUAAACUUUUCUUGCUCGAAGUUCAUAAACAAAAUGUGAAGAAACUUUUCAUGAAAUGAAGAUUAAAUUUGCCUAUUUGUUAAUUCUUAAAACUUCAAAUAUCUGGAAUUCAUUAAGCCUUUCGAGCUUCAUAGUAUAUUAAAACUUCAUGAUUUUAAUAAUCUUUAUUGUCAUGUUGAGAAGAAAUUAAAUAGUGACGUCUGUCGUGUAUGGUAUAUGAAUCUUAAAAAUUGGAAUAAAAUGUAACAUAACACAAUAUUAAAGUUGGAUUCAUCAUGGUGAAAUGCAUAUUUACGUAAAUGCUAAAAAUAUUCCCUUUUUGACUCAUAGAUAAGGCUCAGCGUUGUUUUCAUUAUACAAGAAAGACACGGAAACUAAUGUUAUGGAGAUAUAGAUUUCAUAUAAUUCAUGCUUUUGACGUAUUAUUCUGAUUUGUGUAUUAUAAACACUAUCAUAAACCUUCAUUGUAAUGAACUUUUAAUGAACGAAAAGCGUCAGAAACUAGUAGAACAAGCAAAGAAUGUAAUAAUUAUUUCAUAUUUAUGUACAGAUUCUAUCUUCUCAUGAUUUAAAUGUAUAAAUUAUAAAAAAUUAAUUUGUUUCAAUUGCACAAAUGAUCGAACAAAAGAAGCUUGGAAAUAUAGAUUUCUAGUUGUUAACUACUUAAAGAUUUGGUAAAUAUAUUGGUGAUAUAAAACUAAGCACCAACUACUUAACAGCAAUGUGUUUGUUUAUUUAUGUUUUCUGACUCUCUAGUUCUGAGAAUAAGACAGAGAAAAAAAAUCUCUCUUUUUAAAGUUUUUGAAAUGAUCUGAAUUGAAAUAUAAUCUUUAUGACUUAGCAACAAUGAAUAGAAUAGUAGCUGUAUAUGUUAGUUUAGUAUUUCCAGUUGUAGAUUUCUUUAGAUUUCAAUAAAAAUACUUCCAUACAGAAGGUUUAAAUUUAAAACAGUUCUGAAAUUUUAGUACGAAAAUGUACUGCGUGAUUCCAUAAAUAAUCUGCUUUUAUCUUCUCUAAUUUUUCGAAGUUAAUAUGAAUAAGGCUCCUUUUUUUUAUCUAAAUUAUAUUUCCCUUCCAAUUUUUGCAAUGCUCCUUCAUCUUUAUGUGUUCAUGCAUCUUCUGGUUUCACCCUCUCCUCCUUCUACUUUUAGCUGAGAUAAUUGAAAAAACCCUCCUUGUUUAUGGAAUGAACCAAUAAAGUCAUCAUAAAUGAAAACCUUUUUGAUUUUAUUUAGCAGAAAAUCAUUGUUAUUAUUUUAUCUGUUAAAAUUAAUAAAUUAUUAAAAAUACACUUUAAACAUGCUAUUGUAAAACAAUGGGCGCAUAGUGAAUCUUAAGAAAUCUUUAACAUUUGGUAAUAAGUUUAUUUAUGUUAUCAAUUUGUAAAUCUUUAUAUAAACUCCUCUGUGUAUAUGCUGCAUUACA